AGUGAGGCGGUGUGUGAGAGAGAGAGAGAGAGAGGUACUGAGAGAGACGAGCGCCAAGUGCUGCAGAAUCUGUCACGGAGCUGCCGUGAAAAUAAGACAAGAACAUCUGCAAGAUGCCGAAUAAAACUAAAAAAGAAAAGGAAACGCCGAAAUCUGCAAAAAGCAGCACCAAGAACAGUAACGUCGGCGGUGGGAAAGAUACUGGAACUGAAAAUUCAGAUGAGGCACAGCAGCAGCAGACCGCUAGUAAACGUCCUAGCAACAGCACUCCACCUCCAACUCAGCUCAACAAAAUCAAGUACUCUGGUGGCCCACAGAUUGUCAAGAAGGAACGCCGACAGAGCUCUUCACGCUUUAACCUCAGCAAGAACCGUGAGCUACAGAAGCUUCCCGCCCUCAAAGAUGCCCCACCCAUCGACAGGGAGGAAUUGUUUGUUCAGAAGCUGCGCCAGUGCUGCGUACUCUUCGACUUUGUAACAGAUCCCCUCAGUGAUCUCAAAUACAAGGAGGUGAAGCGCGCUGGCCUCAAUGAGAUGGUGGAGUACAUCACGCACAACCGUGAUGUAGUUACCGAGUCCAUCUACCCUGAAGCUGUAAUUAUGUUUUCAAUGAACUUAUUUAGAACUCUGCCUCCAUCUUCCAAUCCUACGGGGGCAGAGUUUGACCCUGAGGAGGAUGAGCCUACUCUGGAGGCAGCUUGGCCCCACCUGCAGCUGGUGUAUGAAUUCUUCUUACGGUUUUUGGAGUCGCCUGACUUCCAGCCUAAUAUCGCCAAAAAAUACAUCGACCAAAAGUUUGUACUGUCUCUCCUGGAGCUGUUUGACAGUGAAGACCCAAGAGAGCGAGACUUCUUAAAGACCAUCCUGCAUAGAAUCUAUGGCAAGUUCCUGGGGCUUAGAGCCUACAUCCGUAGACAGAUCAACAACAUAUUCUAUAGGUUUAUAUAUGAAACGGAGCAUCACAAUGGCAUUGCGGAGCUCUUAGAAAUCUUAGGAAGUAUAAUUAAUGGCUUUGCCCUGCCGCUGAAAGAGGAGCACAAAAUGUUCCUGAUCCGGGUUCUGCUGCCUCUACACAAAGUCAAGUCUCUUAGUGUCUAUCACCCUCAGCUGGCAUACUGUGUGGUGCAGUUUUUGGAAAAGGACAGCAGCCUCACUGAACCAGUUAUAAUGGGUCUUUUGAAGUUCUGGCCCAAGACUCACAGUCCUAAAGAGGUGAUGUUCUUGAAUGAGUUGGAGGAGAUCCUGGAUGUCAUUGAGCCUUCUGAGUUUGUCAAAGUUAUGGAGCCUUUGUUUAGACAGCUGGCCAAGUGUGUAUCGAGUCCACACUUCCAGGUUGCUGAAAGGGCACUGUAUUACUGGAACAAUGAGUACAUCAUGAGCUUAAUCAGUGACAAUGCUGCCAAAAUCCUGCCCAUCAUGUUCCCUGCCCUUUAUAAGAACUCCAAGAGCCACUGGAACAAGACAAUCCAUGGACUUAUUUACAAUGCUCUGAAGCUCUUCAUGGAAAUGAACCAAAAGCUGUUUGACGAUUGCACUCAGCAGUACAAAGCCGAGAAGCAAAAAGAAAAGUACAAACUAAAGGAACGAGAAGAAAUCUGGCACAAAAUUGAAGAGCUUGCCAAACAGAAUCCUCAGCUUACAAAGCUUCAUCCUAACCUCCGACCAGGUCUGCCUCAAGAUGAGUAUAUGAUGUAUAAUGAGAGCCCGGGGAUGCCUCACUACUCCAUGGAGACGGAGACCCCCACUGCUGAGGACAUCCAGCUGCUGAAAAAAACUGUGGAGUCUGAGGCUUCGCAGGGCAUGAAGGAGAUAAAGAAGGACAAGGUGCUGAUGCGACGGAAGUCGGAGCUGCCGCAGGAUGUGUACACUAUCAAGGCCUUGGAGGCUCACAAGCGAGCGGAGGAGUACCUGACGGCUAACCAGGAAGCUCUCUGACCAGGGAACACCGCCACCCUUCACCUGCACCAUGCCUAAUCUGUCCCUCUUGUCUUUGUCCAGAAAUGCCUGCUGUAAACUCUUCUUCUCCUUUCCUGUCUUUUCCUCUGCCUCCUCUCUUUUCCUUCCUCACAUCCUCUGGAGAGCCCUUUCUGUAGAAUCCUGGCAAAUAGAAAACAGUGGAGAGCUCCUGCGCUCUCUGUUAUUCUUUCAAUCUCUUUCUCUCUGUCACACCGAGAACCCACGCAUACAGAUACGCACAUGCACAGACAGUCACAGACGAGCACUCAUUCCAGUUUGCAUCUAUAGCCACAAGUAGUAAUCACUUUUGAUCUCUUUUUUUUUGGUCUGAUAACAAUGUAAUAAUAAUAAAUGAAAACAUUUCUUUCUUUUUUUUCUUUCUUUUUUCCUUCUUCACUCAUUUUUGUUGUCUGUUUUUGAAUGUUAGACCAACUUUUCUGUCCCUUUUUUUUUAAAGCUGUUGCUUUUUCAGGAUUGCCUUUUCCUGCAUUGCCUCUGUUUGUUUUUCUGUGUUCAGUAAAUCAUGUCUGGCUUGAAGGGUCCAUGGUUAACACAGUGCUGGCCAUGAUAGUUGAUAGUGUCUUUGUUUUUGUUUUGUUUUGUCUUUGAGACAGGUUUAGGGACUCUUUGGUGUGUGUGUGGGUGUAGGUCUGUUAUUUGUUUUUAACAGUGGGUCAUGUUGCCUUGCUCUUGUGGGACUAUGUGGAGCAUUUGAAUGUAUGGAAUCUUUCAAAAUGUGCCACAUUACAUGGAUGUCAUGUCUCUGUGAUCUGUAGAGAAAUAACUAGAGCCUUUGUCACAGUUUCCAGCAGAACCAAGGAACCGGGCUCUUUAUAUUACUUGUAAUAACAGGAUAGGUUUCAACGUCUUUGCUCAGAACAUACAGUCGACAGUUCCUCAAGACAAAGCAUCAUGCUUUCCUCUUGCAUGGCAGAAGCUAUUUCAGAUUCCUGCCAUCAAAUCAAAGGUGGAAGAUCUAGACUUGCACCAGGCUGGAUCCAGAUCCAUAUCCUUUAUAGUUGCAGUGUAAAGCCUUGCCGUCUAAAUGUUCUAAUCGUCAGAGCCCUUAAAGUCUCCUUAUUGGGGGGCUUCUAGGAUUUUAUUUAAACCCACAGUCUCGUUCAGACAGUAAAUGUCAUCGCAGGAUGUGUUGCGUAAUCCGUUUCCUGCCUUAGUGGUGAUCUGUUUACAAGCUGAGAUCACAGCACUGUAAGUUGCUUUAUCACAGUUGAUGACCUCUUGAACCAACACCAGCAGACCAUUCCAUGUUUCAUGAUCAUUCUGCUUAAGGACAAUGAUGUUUCGCAGUCUUCAGUCCCUAACAUCUAACAUGCCCCAAAGCUACCAGCUGGUACUCUUCACAGUUCCCUGGCGUGUGGCUAAUUAUUUGUAAUGUGUCAAUUACAUUUAUAGCAGUUUCCUAAGAAAGUCAUAGUCUGGCUUUAUGAAUUUCAGAUUUGUCCUAUGUUUUUGUGUUGUUUGACAUUAAAAACCUCCCAUAUUUCACAUCGCUCAUGUGCAGUGGGAAGGGUUAAUGUAGUGCAAGUGUCAGGAACCUCCUCGCUCCCCUCUUUCCAGACCUCGCUUGACAUUACUUUAAUAGAUUAUGCAUUUUUUUAAGCGCCUAAGCAAUAUUUUUAGAAAGAAGAUUAAGAGAAAAAAAAUAAAAGUAAAACAUGCACUUAAAGGUGUAUGGUCGAGCGCUAUACAAUCCUCGUACUAGAACUAUAAAGAAGAAAAGAGAUGCUUGCUUAACUUCCCAGGCUGAUUAUAUGGGAAACAAGCCUGCAGUUACUGUUGCAAAUAUUUGUGUAUUUUAUAUUGUAUUGUAUAUUGCUUAGGGUUGCACCCUUGCUUGUCACAGCCGUUAUGAUUUUUCCCUCUACUCCCCCCCCCCCCCAUCUUUUUAUUUUGCACUUCUGUUACCUCCUUCUACUGUAAACACCCCCUCUAUAUGUUGUAGAAUGAUUAUAUAUCACUCACUGUGACCAUUCCAAUAGAACGUUCAUUCACUCCUUGAGUAGGUGGCCAGACAGCACAACACUUUCCUCAUCCCAACAAAGCUACACAAACAAAUGAACACAGUAAAGGCUCAGUUAUAAUACUUCCUUUAUGUACAAAAAUGGAAGUGUCAGUUUUAAAUGUUGAAAUCCUCACACAUACUUGCGUUACUGUGCAUUCUUUACGUUGGCAUGAAUUUUAAGCUGUUUAUUCACUAAAAGAGGGCAGCUCAGAAACAAAUUUUUACUGAUUGCAACAAACACAGAAACAGUGGAGGAGGUCAUGAUGAAAAUAUGCUUGUUAAUAAAAAGACAAAAGAGGCAGUGAUGGUGUAAACCCUCUGGGAUCCACAAACUCAGUGCCUCUUUCAAUAUGUCUAUUAAUAUCUUCGCAGUAAUACAGCGCAGAAAUAAAGUUGAAACAUUAAAAUCUGUAGAAUCUGCCAUUUUUAAUUGCAUCUUAUUGCAAGAUCAGACAUGGCUUACAUACAUAGUUAUUAAAAAGCAAGUUUACUGUAAGUCACUCCACAGCUGUAUGAUAAAGUAAGUGUCCUGUGUUUCGUUUCAAACUAAAUAUAGACGAGCACAUGAUUCCAUAAAAAAUAGUUUUGUAACAAAUGUUCAAUAGAAACUUUUGGAAACAUUGAACUUGAUGCACUUUGAUGGACAUUUGUUUGAUCUCAGAAGGUCAAAGUUACACAGUGAGUUUAUUUUAUGUCAGAGUUUCUUUUCUAAUUGUGUACAUAUGGCAUUUGUCAUGUUUAGCUUAAAGGUACAAAAGUUUUUUUUUUUU